GGGCGGGCAUGGGCCUCCUGAGGCCCGGGCUCCAGCCGGGCCUUCACCAGCUGCAUCAAGGCGGAGAGCGAGAUGGGCACCGACAGCUCCUCCUGGUCUGGCGGGCCCAGCGAGGGAUCGGACAGGCAAGGCUUGAGCCGGGAGAAAGUGGUGGGGAAGAGCGACAGCGGCGUCAGGAUGCGCUGGUACUGCUCGUGCAGACGGUGCGUCCACCGACCCGUGUCCUCCAGCGGGUACAGCGACCGCCCGGGAGGCGACAAACUCGACGCCAUGGCGGGCGAAACCCCGACCGCCUCACAGGCCCCGCUUUCGGCGUCGCCUUGGCAACCGAGCGGUGCAGCGCCCAUCGCGGCCCGGCCGGCAUGCUUAAGCCGUUGCGUCCGAGUUCCGCUCUCGCGAUUCCCACUGCGCAUGUCCGCCUCCACCAUCAAGCGCUUAGAGCGGCAGGCCGCGCCUCGCCUUCCGGUUGGCGGAGCGGUGUGUCUCCUUCAAAACGGUCCGGGUGGGCCAUUUUUUUUUCCCCCUCCUCCUUCUUCUUUAAGAAAAAAGAUGGACGGAGCUCCUGAAGGGGGCGGAGGCCUUCGCUGCACGCUGGAGUUUGCUGUCCAGAUGACUUGUCAAAAUUGUGUAGAGGCAGUUCAGAAAACACUGCAAAAUGCACCAGGCCUUCGCAUAGUCGACAUCCAGCUGGAUUCGCAGACUGUGCUGGUAGAGACAAGUCUUGGUACCGAGGAUGUCCAGACCCUUUUAGAAAGUACAGGACGUAAAGCCGUGCUGAAAGGAAUGGGAGGUAACGUUCCAGGGUCGCUGGGCAGUGCCGCCGUGGCCAUGGUGUCAGGCCGUGGACUGAUCCAAGGCGUGGUGAGGUUCCUGCAAGUCUCGCCCGAAAAGUGUCUUGUGGAUGGCGUGGUUGAUGGCCUUCAGCCGGGGUUACACGGGCUACACGUCCAUGAAUUUGGAGACCUGAGCUGCUCUGGUGACAGUUGUGGAGAUCAUUUCAAUCCUAAGGGGGAAUGUCACGGAGGCCCCCAGGAUCGGCACAGGCAUGCGGGUGAUCUCGGGAACAUCUUGGCCACUGCCGACGGAAGAGCAUCCUUCCGGAUGGAGGAUCAUCAACUGAAAGUGGAUGAUAUAAUCGGCCGUUCCUUGGUGAUAGAUGAAAGGGAGGAUGAUUUGGGUCGGGGGAAUCACCCACUGUCAAAAAUCUCUGGAAAUUCGGGGGAGAGAAUAGCCUGGGGGAUCAUUGCUCGCUCAGCCGGCCUCUUCCAGAAUCCCAAGAAGAUAUGUACUUGCAGCGGGGUGACCCUUUGGGAAGAACGGGAAAGGUCGGCAACCAGGCAAGGCCAGGCCACUCCCGAACAACCGACUCCUCAUCUCUAGGAUGCGGAUUUCUGCUGCUGCUCUGCUCGCUCUGGAAUUUGCAAAUGGGGUUUCACAAAUUCUCUCAAGGUGUGGCCGUCUCAGUCGCCCUCCUGGAAUGACCCCAAUAAGGCAGGUGUGCACUUGGGUGUGUGUUUGUGUGUCUGGAGAGAGACACAAACACACGAAUUGGCUUUGCUGGCCGGGGAAAAGAUGAUUAUUGCACAUGACAGAUUUUUUUCCCCCAAAAAAACUCUGAACAUUCCAAUAAAUCAUGUCACUUUUAGGAGAGCUUGACAUGCACAGUUUUUUUUUUUAGACUAAGCUCUGGGAUCUUCUUCUUCUUCUCCUUCUCCUCCCCCUCCUCCUUCCUUCUCCUCCUCCUCCUCCUUCCCCCAUCUUAGGAUUGAGGGAACAAUCUCUUUCCCCUUCUCUGCGGGCAUAGAAGGAAGAAAAAGAACAGAUUGGGUCUGCAACAAUGGAUGAGGCUUGCCCUGAUGAGUUUGCGGUGGGUAGUUUAAAAGGCAGAGGGGAACUUUCUCUGUUAGGCUACGGCAGGGGUGGGGAACUGCUGUGCAGGGUCUGAAGUUUUGCUUGAUAAAGAAAAUAAAGUAAACCAGAAGUUGCCUUUAA